GGAUUCAAUGGAACUGUGGUGCGAAGAGCACUGCCGAGUGGGCUCUGCGGAUUUCCGCACAAAUCCGUGCCUGGGACGAUGCCGCGGCGUGCUCAACAUCCCGACGGCGUGGUCUACCGUCUGUAAAAACCUGCGGGAGUCGGCGCCUCUACAAGACACGAUUUUGGAGCUCGAUACUCCAACUAAUAUCAAUCAAGACGGCCAAAAAAAGCUCUUGCAGGUUUUUGCAACCAUCCGUACUGGAGUCGCAUGUGAAAUCAAGAUCACUAGUAAUUCCCAAGCCAUCGGGUUCAAAUGGCCCCUUGAACCACUUCACUGGAACAAUUAUGGCAGUGAAGCGGAUACUGGACACCACUUGAAACUUUUAAAGCUCCUCGUAGCUGCGUCGGGCUCAACAGGAUUUCAAUUGGGGGUAGUUCCCGCCGCCCAGGAUGACGGAGUGCCCACAUCAGAUCGUGCAGCUUCCCAGUGCAAACAGGAACAUGACACACAACCUGCUGUAAAAUUUGAGGCAGUCCAUGUUGCUAGGGAUGACCGGAAGCCCACACCUGAGUCUGCUCAAAACUCCACAACUUCUCGACAGGAGACCGAGCAGGGAAGCCCAAUCAAAACACUGCUCUCAAAAGUAAAGCUACGGGCACUGUGCAGGAAAAAGCCCAAGUCGUGUGAUGCGGACGACAAGUUGAAGCAGAAUGUUUUAGAAGCUCUUGAGCAUACUAGAGUAGUAAAUUUGGAAGGUUUGUCUUGUAAGGAAGACGAAGAGUUUAGUCUUCAACUCCUCGAGAGAGUGAGAAACCACCCGGAGCUCCGAUCGAUCGAGGUAAGGUGGCCGCGGCGGCAACACCUGGAAGCGAUUAAUAAAAUUGGUCAACUGAAAAAACUAGAAAUCUUUGCCGAUGCAAAAUUGCGCCUAAAAAGUGGCGAAGUCAAGCUCGCCAAAGAAAAUGGCGGAUUGAAGAAGCUGAAGGUGGACGGGCUUCUUCCCAACACAAUUAAGUCGCUUGUGGAGGCCAACUCACACAGUAUUGAACAGUUGCACGUGCUGGUAGAGACACCCAACAAAGUUCCACCUGACGCAGAGCUUUUAGGGCUUGAAGGGUUGCCCCAAAAGUGCUACCCCGCACCCAUCAGCCACCAGGAUAUGGCGGGCAUCAUCAAACUUUGUGCAAGCAGCUGCCCGAAUAUGACCACAAUAUGUUUGGAGAGGCUAACGGGUCAUCGCCAUGGACCCUGUCCAGGGCAAAAAGAAAUCUACAGAGCUAUGCUACCAAGCAGUAUUUUACUGUACUGCAAAACGUGUGACAAAAGGGACAGUAAGGAAAACCCGUUCUGAGGACAGGACAGCUGUCUAUAAGGGGUGCGGCCUUGUUCAAAAUCUACACACACCGAAAAAUAAAUAGUGGUGCAGCCUUGUUCAAAAUCUACACACACCGAAAAAUAAAUAUUUCUUACCAGUG